AUGCCGACAACCAAGAGCGAUAUUCUUGCCCUUGUGGCUGAGAUGCACAAUCGAGACCCCGAGACAACAAAAAGCGUCGGCUGGCCAUCCAACAAUUUAGUCCGUGCAGUUGACACAAAAACAGCCGACACUCUGAACGAUCGCAAGGAGUUGUAUCGCAUGGCGUUCAAGCACGUCUUCAUCGAUACCGCGUUUCCACCAACCGCUUCCACGCUGGCUCUUUUUUUGGUCUGCCCCAUCGAGCAGCUUCGGGACAUUGUCCAAAAAGUGACGCAAAAUGACAAUUAA